UCUGGUGUGAACUCAAACAUGACAAUCUCUUUCUUCAUCCUGUUGUUCAUGGUAGGUCUCAUUAUUAACCUUGGAGCAUGCCAAAAUGAGUGCACAGAAGCACAAUGCGGAGACCAUGGUCCGCCUAUCCGAUUUCCAUUUCGACUCAAAGACAAACAGCCAAGCCACUGUGGCUAUCCUGGAUUUGAUUUAUCCUGCGAUCGAAGCAACAGCACGGUGCUUGAGCUGCCAGUUUCCGUUACGCUCUUCGUCACUAGUAUCAACUACAAAUCUCAGGUGAUUCAAGUAUUUGAUCCAGAUCAUUGUGUUCCUAGAUACCUUCCGAAACUUAAUUUAUCUUCCUCUGCUUUCAUAUUCCAAGAGCCGUACCUGUAUGACUAUACCUUAUUUAAUUGUUCACCAGCAAAAAGAGAUCUAUAUUAUGAUUCAAUCCCUUGCCUUAGUGAGACUAGCCAUCAUAUAUAUCCUAUACGUUCAGAUAGGUUCGUUGACAGUCUUCCCCUUACAUCUUGUACCAAGUUGUACAACUUUCCAUUCAGUGUUCCAUAUGAUAUAUUCGAACCAAAUUAUUUUCUUCGUUUGGAAUGGUCCAAACCAACAUGUAACCGAUGUGAAAGGAGAGGUAAAGGAUGUAGACUGAAGAACAACAAUCGCACCAACUCCGAAACUGAAUGCUUCAAUGUAAAGCGAAACGGUACUGUGAAAAAACGAGUUGUUACAGGUGCAGUCCUUGGUUCAUUUUCACUUGUGCUGAUACUUGUCGUACUCUAUCGUGUAUAUACUUCUGACCGAAUAGAAAAGCAGCACCAAACCAUGAUCGAAGAAUUUUUGGAAAACUACAGAGCUCUCAGGCCUACAAGGUACUCAUAUGCAGAUAUCAAGCGGAUUACAAAUAAAUUUAGAGACAAGUUGGGACAGGGAACAUUUGGAACAGUGUUCAAAGGAAAGCUUUCGAGUGAGAUCUUUGUUGCUGUAAAGAUGCUCAACAAUUCCAAAGGAAAUGGAGAAGAGUUUAUCAAUGAAGUGGGAACAUUAGGUCAGAUCCACCAUGUUAACGUGGUUCGCUUGGUUGGAUAUUGUGCUGAUGGAUUUAGGCGAGCCUUAGUUUAUGAGUUUGCACCAAACGGUUCACUGCAAAAUUUCAUAUCGUCAGCAGACAGCAAGAACUAUUUCCUUGGUUGGGAGAAGCUGCAACAUAUUACACUCAGCAUAGCCAAAGGAAUUGAGUAUCUUCACCACGGAUGUGACCAACGAAUCCUUCAUUUCGAUAUCAAACCUCACAAUGUACUCUUAGAUGACAAGUUCAACCCAAAAAUCUCGGAUUUUGGUCUUGCCAAGUUGUGCUCCAAGGACCAAAGCGCAGUUUCCAUGACAACUGCUAGGGGUACCAUGGGUUACAUUGCACCGGAAGUGUUCUCAAGGAACUUUGGUACCGUGUCUUACAAGUCGGAUGUUUACAGUUUCGGAAUGUUGUUACUUGAAAUGGUUGGGGGCAAGAAAAAUGUUCAAGUCCCAGAGGAGAAUACCGGGCAAGUUUAUUUCCCCGAAUGGAUCUAUAAUCUUCUGGAACAAGGGGAUGACAUACGUAUCCAUGUUGAGGGAGAGAAUGAUGCUAAAAUUGCCACAAAACUUGCAAUUGUGGGGUUAUGGUGCAUCCAAUGGUAUCCAGUAGACCGUCCCUCAAUGAAAGCUGUCGUUCAAAUGUUGGAAGGAGAAGAUAAUGUAAAAUUGCCUCCUAAUCCUUUCUCCCCCGCUGGUUCAGUAAGGAACGGUAUUACUAUGCUUGCAAAACGCCAUCGCCAAGAGUUACCAAUCAUCUCCGAAUUAGAAUGACUGGAAAUGAUUGAUCAUAAUUGCCGCUGUGCUGCAACUUGUAAUCAUAUUAAAUAAAUUAGAGUGUUGAGAAUAAAUUGGUGAGAACAUAGACUCAAAUUUGGAGGUCAAAAAUAUCGAAAAUCAGUGUGUUUGUGUAAUACAUCUCUCCUAUCUCUUAGUUAUUGCUGCAUUCAGUUU